AUGCUGAGGCUUUCAAUUACAACAAGUUGGCUCGUGCUCGCGGGGUUGGCAUCCGCAGGCUUCAAUAGCACCGGUGAACCUCUGUUUAUGAAUGGCUUCCAGCAACGCGCAGAGUGGGGCGAAUGCUUUGAGCUGAAAGGCUUAAUGGACAGAACAUGCCAAGAAGAAAUAAUCUCAUUCGACCGUCCCCAUUAUAAUCUAUUCACCUUUGGUGAUAAGCCCAGAGAAAAGGCCAUUGGAUGA